GGAUCCCAAAAUAAGAAUAAAAAUAAAAAAAGAAAAAGAAAAUAGGGAUUAGAAAAUAAUAAACAAGUAGUGAAAAAGUUGAGCCACCCAUUUGGCACACUACCACUAGGAUCUCUACGUGGGUAGCCUUCAUGGGUAAGUUAGCGUACCUGUGUAAAAAACAGGGGCUUACUCCGGAAGAAAAAAACCCACACAACGUACACUUGGGGGAGGCAACAGUUUUCGUGGGCGUUAAGGCAGAGAGUCUGAGUUUCAAAACAGUUUCAAAAAGGGGUACUAGGUACAGACCAAAGCCGCUUCAGAUUGAAGAAGACGACGAUGAUGGAAGUGGGUCGCUUGCUAAUCAAUCUCAGAACGAGAAGCAGAAGGUUGACGAGGGAAAUUAUGCUGGCUUAGAUGAUAAGGCUACUGAUCAUUCAAAUGAUUUAGCCAAAUCUCAACCAUUCUCAAUUUCUGACAGAGAUGAUCUUGAUGUCUCCUUUUCACUUAAUUUAUUUCCAAAUGGCUUUUCUGUUGGAAAAGUUACUGAGUCGUUCAAUGAUGCACCAGAGCAAUUGCAUCCAUAUGAUAGGGCAUCGGAAACACUUUUCUCUGCAAUCGAGUAUGGCUGGUUACCUGGAGAUAUGUUUGAUGACCUACCCAAUAAAUACAUCAAUGGAUCAAUUCUUUGUCAGAUUCGAGAUUACCGCAAGUGUUCAUUCGAGAAAGGAGGUACCAGUGCUAUUGAUAAUUCUCCCCUUGUGCAUCGGGUGCCCUUGCAUAUGUGUAUGGAAAAUGUUGUCAAGGACAUCCUGUCAAUCUCAAAUGAUUCUUGGACAUACAAAGAUAUAUUGGAAGUUGAAUCCCGCAUUCUCAGGGCUUUACAACCUGAUCUUCAUCUGAAUCCUGAGCCAUUGCACCACAGACACAAUGGAGAACCCCUGAUAAAAAAGGUAAAUUUGGGAAUUUCUUGGAGCUGGAAACAGGAAAAGCGGAGUAUUAUGCUAGCUGCUAACCUAGAGUCCAGCAACUCACCUCAUGUAAACCCCAUUCCAGUUACUUGUGCCACCCAGGACUCUGGUCUUGUGUAUAAAGACAGGGGAAUUAUGUGUGUAAAGGACAACACUCCAAGCUCAGUGCUUAAUAGAGAAAACAACAUUGUACGGGAGACAAACUCACAGUCCAAACCUUUGACAUUUCCGUCGAAUUAUCACUUAGUAGAGAGUCGCAACCUAUCUGCUUUGACAGCGUUGUCCACAUCCAAUUGUGUGUCUGUAGCUAAACAAAGUUUUAGUAAGUCUACUGGUGAUCUGAGAAAGCCCAGUUCUUCAGUCCUUGUUGAUUUGGGACAAUGUGGUAAACUAGUGACUGAAGGGCCUCCUAUCAAGAGACCAAAACAAGAGCCUUUAGACUUCUGUUACCAGCGGUUUGCUGCUGGAGGACAAAGUGAAAUCAAUUCUGGACCUCAUCUUCCGUGGCAGAACAAUCUCUUACAUCAGCAACUUGAAGUUGAAAACGCCCUGCGUGAAAGAUUUCAAGACAAAGUAUAUCCCUCACCAUCGGUGAAAAAUUGUCAACCUGAAAUUCUUGAAGGUAUCUCAAAAAUACAGGCUGGAUGGGCCACUUCUAACCUGGAUCUACAGACUGCUAAAACUUGUUUUCCCAGUUCAGAUGUUAGGAAUAUAAAUAAUAACUGCUUUCUGAUGGACAAGAGACUUGGUCCUUCCGAUUGUCUACCAACACAAGAGCAACAAUCACCACCUUUGUUAAAGACAAAUAACCCUCUGUCCAAUACAUUACUAAACAACAAGGGUCAGCCAGUCGACCGGAAUUUAAGAAAUGGAAGUGUUAAUAGGAGGAGGAAAGAUUUGGAGAAUCCUCAAUUUAGAACUGAUGAAAAAAGUGCAUCAGCAAGUUCUCGAAACAUUAAUUCUUUGCCAAGAAGUGGUUCUGAUAAAGAAAAAUGGAAAAUAACUUUUUGUCCUAAAGGCUCCAGUACAAAUAUAGUUGAUUCAAGUGCUAGCAUAAGCAAGGUUGAUGUAGCCAGGACAAAGGGUGUCACAAUGGGAAUUCAUCAUUCUCCCCAAACUUUGGAAAUUAAGAGCAAUUCCCUCUCCCAAAGAUUUCUGAAGAUUGAAGCGGUGACUCAGAGGUAUAACAUGAAUAACAAGGAGCCUAAAUUGGAUAAACUUGUGGCAAGCAAACCAUUUUUCCACAUAACUUCACUUCUUGCUUCCCAUUUCUCAAGUUGUGAGGAUAAUGGAAGGUCACAGGAUUCUACCAUGGAUAAAGUUUCUUUCUCUAAGCACUUUAAUGGAAGAAGGCUUAAUGUCCAUAACUCUAGGGUUUUGACAUUUGUGCAUCAAGAGCCUCAUGUCCCUCAAGGAACUCCUGCAGAUGAUAGCGAGGCUCAGAUUAGACUGGUCAUAUCAGAGAAGCUUUCCAAAGAAUUGAUGGAAGCAACUGUGAUUUAUGGAAAUGAAGAAGAUAUUAAUUCCAUUGUUGUGCCUCUCCUACCAAUCUUACAAAGUGCUCAUAUGGCGGACCUUUUUGCUGCUCAGUUCACUUCACUGAUGGUGCGAGAAGGAUACCGCCUAGCCAGUGAUCAACUAGAAUCUGUGCCUCUCAAUAGUUAUGGUGGCUCUAGCAGUCAACUGCAAAAUGUUAUUAGGACAGCCACUCCAUCAACUGGGACAGUUCAAUUACCUUUGUCAACUUUGAAUCCAGGGUCAUCACAUGUAAUGCUUAGCCAAAGUACUAACAGCAUGUCAGCUCAUAACUUCAUGCAAUUGCUAUCACAGACCACUUUCUCUGGGAGCAAAUUACUACCUGCAGGGAAUGCACUGUCAGCUUCAUAUUUUUCAAGAUAUUUUUUGUCUAAACCACAGCUUGACAUGGCUGCACAAGUUAGUUCUCUUCCACCUCAUUGGCAGCAGAUUCUGAGUAAAGAUGCAAAUUUUCAGUUUCAGUUGCAGCAAAAGCAGAGACAACAACUUAUGCAGAGAAAGACGACAAUGGGAGAAUUGACCGCAGGUGGUUUGGGUGCAUUUCAUCUUGGUUGUGGAAACCAGGGUCUUAGAAAUUUUAGUCUGGGUUCCAUAGAUAAUGAUACAGCCACAAUGGGCUCCAGACCGAAGGUAUUGGAAAAACACACACCUUGGAUAGGAAAUGCAGGUCAAUCAAACAAUCUUGGCAGCAAUACAGGGAGUAUAAAUGACAGUAAUUAUCUUCUUGGUCUGAAUUCAAAUAGUAGUACAACUUUGCCAGAAGCGAGAGCAGUAGAAGGCCAAGUGUUAGCCUUGCCAAGUGGAAUGCCGAGAAAUGCCAGUGUAUUUCUGAUGGACAGCCCAAAUUUUCGAGAAAUAUCUUCUACCUUAGGCAACAAGCAACGACAAUGCCUAGAUAUACACCAGAAGAAAAUGCAGAGCCCACAGCUACAAAUGCAUCAACAGCAGCAGGAAUUGAGAUCCCCAAUCCAGCAUCCGGAAGCAAUUGGCUUUGCUAAGCUUGUUGGUUCAGCUUCAAGUCAAGUUAGCGCUCAACGUACUAAUCGACAUGGACUGAACUGUAUAUCAGCUUUAGAGGAGAAAAGUAUUGGGAAGAUGAUGGCAGAUCAAAGAAGUCCUGAGCUUUAGCUUGCAGAUGUUUGGGUCAAAGAAUGAGUAAUACUGUGUAGUAGCAAAACAUAGGCUGAAGGAGAUGUAAAUAUCUGAAAGUGUUCAAAAGGUAUACUACAGCCAUUUUGUGUUUGUUUCUUUUUGUCAAAAACCAUCAAAGAAAAUCAUGUUUAGCAGGAUAGUUUUGUUUUGUUGGCAAAAGCGAGAAUGUUUUGAAUGUGUAUGUCAAGGUUAUGACAAUUUCAGUUCCUGUCUGUAAAUGUGCAAAAUGGUAAAGUUUGAUGGAAAGCUUCUCUUCUGUC